AUGCCGUCAACCUCAACGCUAACACCGUCGUCAACACCGUCGUCAAGGUUUCGAUUCCUGGCGGAAACGAAGUUUCUAAUACCUGACAAAGCAAAACCACCGCAAAUCCGCCGUGCAUAUCUUGAACUUCAUACUACAACGACUGAUAUCGUAUGUGCCUGUUACGCCUCCAGUUUUGUUUGCUGGUCUCGCUACGCGCAGUCUCUACGUUGGACGACACUAUUCCCCGCACACUGA